UAUAUAAGUAUAAGAUAAGAUGUUGAAUUGUACUAUUUUUUGUAGAUCUACCCCAUUUUACUAUUAUAAUAAAUUAUAAUUAAUACUAGUAGAUCUGAAUCUAUUUAUUAGUAUUAAUGAAUCAAAUUAUAAACUUAUCAAGGAGUACUAUUUUAAGCCAUUUUAAAGAUCAAUAUAUUUGUCACCAAAAAUUGGUAGAUCUAAAGUACAUUGGUGGAAAAAUAACUAGAUCUAGGUCUAGUAUUAUGGAGGGUGAAAAAAAUGUUAAAAAAAGAUUAAGCAAUAUUCAAACUGAAAAUCAUAUUGAGUCUCAUCAUGAUCAUACCAAAGGGACUAAGAACGUUGAUAGUCCUACAUUUGUUGCUCGAACAAAUCCUGUUACUGGUAAAAUGGAUUGGAUAGUUCAAGAUGAAAAUUAUGACUACAUACAAGAAAUCGCCAGAUCAGGCUAUGGAGACAUGUUACAUGACAAAGACCGGAAUGAAAAGUAUUACAAGGCCAUAGGACAAGCUGUCAAACUUUUAAAGGAGCAGAAUAAGCAAGUGAGAUCUUUAGAUAUUGGCACAGGAACUGGCCUUUUAAGCAUGAUGGCUGCUACCAUGGGUGCUGAUGUUGUGACUGCAUGUGAGGCUUUUUCACCAAUGGCUGCAUGUGCACAGAAAGUUAUAGAGGUGAAUGGCUUUAAAGAUAAGAUCAAACUAAUUCCUAAAAGAUCAACAGAUGUAACAUUAGAUGAUAUUGGUGAGAGAGCUAAUCUUCUAGUCACUGAAUUGUUUGAUACUGAGCUGAUUGGUGAAGGUGCCAUUGGAUCGUACACUGAUGCUCAUGCUCGUCUCAUGGAGGAUGAUUGUAUUGCAGUACCAUCUUCUGGAUUGAUGUACAUUCAGGCCAUUCAGUGCGAUUUUCUAGCCUCAUGUAACAGUCUACAAACAGUGGAGCUCCCUAACAAUACAGCUGUAUCAAUGCCAAAGUCUUUAGGCACUUGUUCUGGGGCACCAUUGCUGCACGACCUUCAAGUAGAUGAACUAUGUGCUGAGAUCAGACCGCUGUCUUCCCCAGUCCAAGUCUUCAAAUUUGACUUUGGACGCAAGAAUGCCUUGCCCAAACAUGAGCAAACCCAACACAAUGUGACAGCCAUUGAGGGUGGACGUGUUGAUGCUUUUGUUAUGUGGUGGGAUCUUAAAAUGGAUCCUCUAGGGGAAAUAAUUCUAAGCUGUGCUCCAUGCUGGAAUAGAGAUUCAUCUGCCCCUAUACCUUGGCGAGACCAUUGGAUGCAGGCAGUUUAUUAUCCUACACUUUGCAGGGAGAUUGAAAAGGGAGAUAAUUUCACACUAUACAGCUAUCAUGAUGAAUACAGUCUAUGGUUUGAUACACAGCCUACACAAAGAAUCUUACCUUCUUGUACUUGUGGUCUUCAUGUGACUUUUAGCAGAAAUAGGAUUGGGCAAUUAAAUGAAUACACUAGGAAUACUCUGUUUAUCAAUUUGCUUCAGAAGCACAUCACCAAAGAUACAGUGUGUUUAGUGAUAUCAGAUGGCAGUUUACUCCCUUUGAUGGCCGCUAGACUAGAAGCUAAAAAGGUUUUCUACCUUGAUUGCAAUCAUGCCACCAGAAAGUUUGUGAAAGAAUUGAUUCGCCACGACAAUCUAGAAGACAAGAUUGUCCUCCUGGACAAAAGUGCUGAAGACAUUCUGCCAGAAGAUUUGCUCAACCUAAAGAUUGACUUGGUCAUUGCUGAACCAUUCUUACAAGCCGCUCUGUUACCCUGGGAGCAUUUAUAUUUUUGGUAUGCCCUGCAUUAUCUCAAAAGUUUACUUAGCGAAAAUGUGGUCAUUCUUCCCGAGUCCAUGACUGUCAAGGCCAUGGCUGUCCAGUUUCGAGAUUUACACAAGAUUAGAGCACCUGUAGGAAUCUGUGAAGGCUUUGACAUUUCUGAGUUUGAUCAAUUAAUUAAGAUUUCAUCCGAUUCUAGUGAUGACAGUGUAGAACCACAACCUCUAUGGGAAUAUCCUUCAGAAGCACUUUCUUCACCAACUUCUAUUGCAUUUCUAGAUUUUACCAAAUCACCUGAAAAUACCCAGCAGUUACAAUACUCUGUGGACAUAAUGCACUCCAGGGAUGGUGUUUUGAAUGGCCUUGCAUUGUGGGCAGAGUACAAGUUUGGUCAGGAUGUUUUAAGUACAGGUCUAAUCUAUGAUGAUCAGAGUCAUGUCCCAAAAUGGGAUAAAUUUUCCAAGCAAGGAGUCAUUUUGUAUCACAAUGCAAAAGCUGUCAAGAAAGAUACCAAGUUAAACAUGCUUGUUACAUUCAACCCUGAAAAUGGAGAUUUUUGCUUUAAAGUUGAAUAAAAAUAAA